AUGGACACAAAAAUAUCAGAAACUCAAGGCCCUCCACCUUCUUAUACGGAAAUCGAAGCACAAACGAAUGAAGCUGCUUCAGCCUCAACUGCAUUCAACGGCUCUGGAACUCAAAGACAUACCACCCCUCCUAUGUUCAUAACUGCUCGAACUUCGGUUUACGGACCUGCUCCUGUAGAGCUUGAUUGUCCUCAUUGUCAAGUACAUAUAGUAACACACAUAGCUAGAGUGGCUGGAGUUCUACCUUGGCUAGUUUUUGGCGCUUGCGUAGUUCUUGGAUUUUUUUUAUUUCUUAUUCCAUGGUGUUUCUGCUGCAUCCCUUUUUUCACAGAUCAGUGUCUUGAUGUACUCCACUCCUGCCCUUCCUGUAAGCGUCAUCUUGGUCGGUAUUCCCGAAUUUAA